AAACGCAGCUGCGCACCGCAAUGCUCCGACCACAUUCGAAUGCGGCUGCGAUAACUUAACUACCUAGUGUGUUCUCAAAAUGGCAGACGGGUUGUGUACGGAGGAUCCGAUCGGAGAUGUUAUCGAAAAAACUGCUUCGAAUGCUAGUGACAAUGUCGUAUUAUGUGAGACAAUUGAUAGUAUGACAGAUUCUGCUAGUGAGAAAGUGAAAGACUAUUUAGUAGAGAGUGCGAGUGGUGAGAUUUUCAAUAAAUUGUGUACUGGAGAUGGAAUCAAACACGAAGGGAUUCUCGAAGACGAUUGUAGGAAAAAGAGAUGCGUUGACAGAUACGAUAGUUCGGAAUCCUCUGACAGUGGAGUGGCGGUUCUAAGCUGCACAGAUUGCAGCGGGAGCAGUACGGCAUCAAGUGAUAUCACAGAUCCGGGAUCACCGUUCAGUACGACUUCGAGUCAUUCGGAAGACUCAGGUUCGCAACCAACUAAAAUGCCGCCGACGCAAGUAGCCCAUCAUCCACCUUGGCCUUGGACCGCCGACGAGGGACCACCUUGUAAACGGUCGCUGUUAGAUAAAACUGCAACUGCCUUUCCGAAAACGCUUAAAACCGCCUCCACACAAGAACAUCAACAACAACAACAACAACCCAAAAAGAAGCCAACGGUUAGCGCUACACCAUUUAUCACAAAAUCGAAUUUCGUUAAAAUCAUCGUCCCAUCCAUACCUAGUCCAAAUGAUAAAUUAGUAAAUGCUACGAUUAAAAAAGGCGAUACGACGUCCAGGUUGCAACAAGGAAAAAUCACGGAAUAUUUCAAAUCUCAAGUUAAAUCGAACGGCAUAAAAAAAGAUCUACUCAAUAACAUGGUUAAAGUUACGAAAACUUUAAUCGAUCAACAGACGCAAUUCAACAGCAUCAAAUCGCAAAAUAUCCGAAAGGAACCGAAGAAAAUUCUACCGGCGAAGAAAAUAGUGCAAUCGAAAAUGAAGAAGAUCGUUCCGAUGACAGUACCAAGGAAAAUUUUACCGGCGCCGAGUAAUUUAACGGACAAAUUAACAAUAAACGAUCAAUUAAAUAAUUUAGCUAAAUUUACACCGACGGUCACUUUAACGGCGUUAAGUUUUCCACCGAAUUACACGUAUCUUCAUACUAAAGGUCCUAAACCGCCGGAAACUCCAAUUUUCGUACCGCAAUACGCUACAAUAUCCAACGACAAGAUACCUCUACCGAUAAUCAAUCGAUCGCCGUGUCUGAACGUGAUACAACCUGUCCAAAAACUAACAACAAUCAAUAAUUUCAAUUGUGUCAAAUUAAACGCUACGGUAGUGCCUAUAGUUAAGGUGAAUCCUAUGCCUUCGAGGUUGAAUACGGCGCCAGUGAAUCCGCCGAUUAUUCCUAACCUUAGCGUGGAGACCGGUAUACCUACGGUGCUAACGGCGAAACCGAAGAUACAAGAAUGUACCGCACCACUCGGCGUACCGUCGCCGCCGAAACAACAACAACAACAACAUCAACAACACAACGACGUAAAUACCGUAUGUACGAACACGCCGUUGGAAAACGUGCGCAACAAAUAUCGGAUCGAAGAAAAUUCGAGGACCGAAGAACCGCAUAGGACAGAAAAGUGUACGCGAGAGGAGAUUUUCCGAGAUGAAACGAAAGAAAAAUCUCCGACGCCGGACUCCGAUAGUGGCAUAUCCAUAUCGAACAAAGAGUGCUUAGAAGUGUUUGUUAGUGAAACGGUGGUGGUGGAAGAAGAACAGAAAUCGCCGAUUCUAUCGAAACCGAAGACCAUCAGGUUUCCGGCCAAGCAAGCGGACAAAGACGAAGGGAAAUCAUCUCAACACUCCACGGACGGUCAGUGUAGAUGGGCGGAAUGUAAUUCUUGCUUUGACACCAGUGGGGCCUUACUAGAACAUCUACAGGUAAAACAUGUGAUAUCUCAAGCGACUCAAGAACACUACGUAUGCUUAUGGUUAGGCUGUAAAGUACACGGUAGGACUUCUUGCUCAAGAUCCUGGUUGGAGCGGCACGUGUUGGCGCACGCGGGUACGAAACCGUUUAGGUGCAUAGUCGAUGGAUGCGGUCAAAGAUUUAACUCACAGUUGAUGUUGGAGAGACACGUGAAUAGUCACUUUAAUUCGGAUGGUAGUCCAAAUAAUAGUGUUAAGAAAUCGCCAGACAAUUCCUGUAAGUUACUCAAACGGAACGGGAAACGGAUCAGGUUUAGAAGACAACCAUGGUCAGCUCGGAUGUUUGAUUUUAUCGACGCCGGUAUCAUGGAAGGCCUUCAAUACAAACUCCUACUCCUCACCCAGAAAAGGACGUUGGGAAAGAUAAACGAACCAGGUGAUACGGUUCAUUUGCAGAGCCAGGUGCUAGCGAAACGGAUAGAAACCGACGGUAGCGUCAAGUUUCUUCUAAAAUGGCAUCCCGCCGAUAUUGUCGCCGAUGAAUGGGUGUCUGAAAAAGAGUACAAACCGACGAAAGUGGUAUCGAUACCCCAUUUGAAACCGUCUUCGAAGAGCGCUUUAAGUCCUUCACUCUUUCCGGAAAACCAGACGCAACCUAGACAAAAGCAUAGACGUAAACAGAUUUCCAAGCGAACGUGAUAUAAUGUUGUUAUUUAAAGUAAUAUUAAAAUAUUUUUGAGCCUUUGUAUUUAAGCAAAAAAAAAAUAACAAAAAAUACAACGUUAGUGUGAUAAUAUUGAAUUUCGUCAUUAUAGAACUGACUAAAAAAAAAAAAAAGUAUUUUUGUAGAGCAAACAUGUGAUAUGAUGAAUUUUUAAAUGAUUUUAUGCCGUUUUCAAAAUAUCAAAUGGAGAAAAACUCUAUGGGAUAAUUAUUUACCAAAGCAAUUGAAAAAACUAACUCAAUCCUAGAUCAUUUAAUUAAAUUCAUGGUACACCAACUAUUCGAUGUACCUAGUAUCGGUUAUUUUCUACCAGUCUUAGAUCAUCGUCCUACCAAAGUAAUGCAAAAGAGACACAAUUCAGGAUAUCAUAUACACUUCGAACUAAAGGAUCUAUUAUGCCUCCUUUACUUUACAGAACUUAAAAGUUGUACUCCCCGCUAAUUUUAAUUGAGGUAGCAACACCCCAAUAAAACCACUCUUAGUUUUCGUAGAUUGAUCUUCAACGGGUUACAGUUUCCCAGGAAUAUAUUUGCUUGUUUACACCCCUAUAGAUUGUUCCAGUAAUUGUUUUUCCCUAUAUUCUUUUCUAGUAUAAUCAAAUUCCAUUAAAUAUCCUAUGAAGGGUUUACUAACUUCUUCAGAUGUCCAUUGAGUCAUCGAUGCCCCAAACAUAACUAUUGUUAGAGUUGGGAGAUGGUUCUUCAACAGGUUAUAGUUUCCUAGGAGUAUUGUUGCUAGUUUCAUCCCCCGUAGAUUGUUUUUUCCCUAUUUUCCUUCUUUUAUUCUUCCCCCUUCACGUUGCAGUCCCUACUGAAUCUUACUUCUUCUGUUGUCCAUUGAGUCAACAAGACUCUUGUUACUAUCGGUAGAUUUUGUUUAUUUUCGUUCCAGUAACUGUUUCCCCCGAUAUAUUGUCUUUUUUAAUAUUUUCUCAACUGUUCUAUAGCUAACUCCACAAAAAGGUUCUAUGAAGGGUUUAUUCCUCCCUCAUUGUCUCUCCUUUAUAUAACAAAUUCUGCACGUUAUACUCCUUGCUAAAUGUAACUUCUUUGGCUGUCCAUUGAGGUAGAAAUGCCCCAAUAAGACUCCUUUUAUUAUUGGUAGAUUCUUCCUCCCUGGUCAUAGUUUCUUUAGAGUAGCUUUUCUUGUCUCUACCCUUGCAGAUCGUUUUUUCUCAAUUUUUCCAGUAUUUUCUCUAUUGUUCAGAUCCCAUGUAAUGUUUAUUCAUCCCUUAUUGUAUCCACAAUGCCCCAACAAGACUCCUGUUACUUUUGGUAGUUUUGUUCCUCCUUGGUAAUAGUUUCUCAAGAGCAUAUUUGCAUGUCUUCACUCUUAUAGAUUGUUUUUCCCAAUUUCCUCCCUUUUUCGGUAUUUUCUCCAUUGUUCACACCUUAUGUAAUAUUUAUUCAUCCCUUGUUGUGACUUCUUUAUUUAACACGUUGUACUACCUUCGAAAUCUAACUUCUUCAGGUGUCCAAUAAUUCACCAAUACUCCAAAAAAACUUCUGUUGGUACUCACAGUUUGUUUUUCACUGGUAAUAGUUUCUUUACUUGUCUUCACCCCUGUAGAUCGUUCUAGUAACUAUUUUUUCAUUAAAUAUCUUCUUUUCUAGUAUUUCCUUCAUUGUUCUCUAGCUAAUCCCACAAAAGGAUUCAGGUCCUUUGUCAGUAUUACAGCUAUUUCAUCUCCCUUCACUUCAAUGUGUUCCAAAACCCAUUGGAGGUUAACUUCAUUCUUGUUAUCUAGCAUUUAGUUGGUGUAAACAUCCUUUUAUUGCAAGAAAUAGUUGCCGAUAAUGAAUUCCAAGUUUUUGAAAAACUGCUACAACAAUGCUACGAAAAGACUUUAAUUAGUGUUCGUAGAUUCCUGAAAAUAAUUUUUCCUAAAUAUCCUCUAGUAUUUUCUCUAUCAUUCCAUAGUUAAUUCCACCAGAAAGGUUCAGUUCCUAUAAAUAAUUUAUUCGUCCUUUAUUGUUUCCUAAAACUUAAUUUCUUCAGAUGUCCAACAAGACUCCAAAUUAGUAUUCAUAGAUUGUUUUUCAACGGAUAAGAGUUUCCAAAGAGGAUAUUUGUUUGUCUUCACUACUGUAGAUACUUCUAGUAACUGUUUUUCUAUUGUUCCUUAACUAAUAUCAAAAAGAAUUAAUUAAGGUCCUAUAAAAGGUUUACUAGUCUCCCAUUGUAUCCCCUUUAUGUAACAAAAUCUGCUGAUAUUCCCCAUAACUUUCAUUUAGGCAGCUAAACCCCCAACAAACCUUCUUCAUUAUUCGUAGAUUGUUCUUCAACAGGUUUUAGUGUUCCAGUGACUGUUUAACCUCCAAUUUAUCUUCUUUUUUAGUAUUUCUUCUUUUAUUUUAUAACUAAUUCAACAAGAACGUUCGGUUCCUACAAAGGGUUUGUCUGCUUCUACUUUAGCAAGUAUAUUUAAUUUUCCUUCACUCCAAAGUGUUUUGAAACCAAUUGGAGGGCAACUUGAUUCUUUUUACCUAAGAUUUAGUUCUACUGACAUGUACAGGUAUUUACGAAAUAGAAAAAAAUGGUGGAAACAUCCUUUUAUUGUUUUUAAUCAAUUAUGAAAAAUUUGAAUUAUUUAAAUGUUUGAAAAAGUUAAAUUUUUCGGAAAAAUUGUGAAUGGAGGCUUUAGUGGGACAAUGGAAUUGGAAUAAUCAGAUUAUUUUAAGGAAAAUAUUUAGCUGAUGGAAGCAAAACGGCAUGAAAGUCAUUUCGAUUAUUAUUUUUGCCAUAAUGGUUCUAUACCACCGCCCAAUAUUAUUGCUCUAAAACAAAAAACGCGAGUCACCAACAAGCAAAAUUACUUAGGUUUAAAUGGUCAAAGAUUGUACUGCCCCCCAUACCGUGUACAAACUGAACAUUUUAAAUGUGAUAUUUUUUUUUAAUUAAUUGUCUAUUUACGGAAUUUAGUAGUCAACGCACAAAUAUUAGCAAUACGACUAGUAUUUAGAACGAAAAUAAUUUUUUUUAAAUAGUUAUUAAUUUUUUAAUUUUUUUUUUUUCGUUCGUGUUUGAUGUAAUUAAUGUUAUAGAAGCCCGCGUCGCGUCGGGCGCCAAUGUGCGAGAUAAAAGUACAAAAUAUUAUGAUAAUGACUUCUUAUUCCCGUGGGCAUUACAAAUGAAGAAUAUACCGGGUGAAUCAAGAGGAACUAUACCUUAGAGGCUAUUGAAAAGUGUCGCUUUUUUUUUAUUAAUUUACAGGGUGAUUUGUGGAUUUAAUUUUUAAAAUUAGUACACUACUAUCGAACAUUCGACUGAUAUUAGCAAAACUUAGAAAUUCCAGGACCGGUUUUGGAAAAUCUAUUUAAGAAUUCUUAUCGAAUAUUACACUCUGUAUAAUUGUUAAUGAACGAUCAAAUAUUAUCUUAUUAACUUAGCACCCUUCCGCAACUAUACAUUUCCGUACGCCUCCAGGACCAUAAAAAUCCAAGUGAGGGCAGAGAAGAUCCUGGAAGAUCACUUUCCGGUUGACCUUUUGCUCUUCCGACAACACUGGCGGCAAUAACUUUUCUCAUGGUUAAGUUUUCUGUUACGAUUUGAAAAACUUGAGUUUGAGGAAUGCUCAAACUACAACUUAGUUUACGAUCACUAUUAUAAAUAAAUUUUUUACUAGCGACACAUUUGCGUUGUACUUGCUAACCGAAGGGUGUCCAGAAGGGUCGUCCGUCUUCUACACUUUCCCUACUUUCUUGUGCCACUCAAAACACACGAUCUAUCGCUGUCAUGAGACAUUUUGUCCAUUUUACCAAGCUUGACACAGAUUCCAAAAGUUUCUACUAUUUUCAUGAAUAAAUAUUGAAAACAAAAAUGUGUCUAACGACUAUCAGAACCGAUUCCAACCCAGCUUACAACAUUUGCGACACGUUCAGUAAAAGCACUGUUAUGGGAGUAAACUUCAUCAUUUCAAAGUCACAGUUAUGUGAGUAAACCUCACCAUUUCAAAACCGCAGUAAAAGCACUAUUAAAGGGGUUAAAUUUCUCAUUUAAAAACCACAAUAGAAGCACUGUUAUGUGGGUUAAAUUCAUGAAUUUAAAACCGCAUUAGGUAGUAAAAACACUGCAAAACAAUAUUCAUGAACAACACAAAACAUGCUGUAAAAUUGGGUUCAUGGACGUAUCAAAUGUUAUUCUUUUUGAGAUAUUUAUCACAAUUUUUCAUAGUAGUGUACUGCUAAAAAAAUUCUCACCCUAAAAAUUAAUGUAGCGAAGGAAUUGACACUUUUUAGUAACCUCACGUUAUCCUCUACGGGGGACAUAUGGUAGAAAUAUGUGAAGUUUCUCGUUCACCCCGUGUCGGUGAACGUCGACGGGAAUUUCUAGUAUUAAGGCGUAUAUUUUUAGUUUUACCCCUAAUUGUGUUCUAAAAAGAGGCUAAUAUUUUCAAAAAGCUACAACGGCUGCCAUGUAAUUAAUUUUUGUCAAUUUGUACACGGUACCAAAUUGUAAUAAUGUGUAUAAAAAAAAAAAGGAUCUCUGUAUGCAAAGGUUCGAUAGGAUUUUCCUAAAUCCUGAAAUUUUUUUGUAAAAUACGGUACAUGGAUGUGUAUAUUUGUGAAAGUCUUUCACUAUGUAAAGUUAGGUUAUGUAUAUGUACAGUAGCGUAAGGAAAACUAUUUGGGAGAGAAACUGUUUGUGGUUUUGACCAUUUAACAACCAGCCUGAUAUCACUGCCAUUAUAUAUAUAUAUAUAUAACAACCUGGUUGAAUAGUUGGUAAAACCCUUUCUAUCUAGAUUAGAUUAAUUCGCGGACGUUUAAGAUACUUUAAGUGCCCUACCACCUCCCCUAACAAAAAAUAAAGACGUGCCAUCUAUCGACGUCAAUUCUACUCAAUUUUUAGCGUUAUCUUUCGGGCGCUUAAAGAAACUUAAAUUUAAAUCCCCUUUUCCGCUGACACAUGUAUUUAUAAAAAAAAUUUUUUAGUUGUAAUAAUUAUUUUGUGUGUUCACAAUGUUUAUACAUAAAUCGAUAAUUUUUUUUUUUAAAUAAUUAUACAUAUAUAUAUUAUGCUUUUUUAAAACAAUUUUUAAUUAGUUAAUUUUUUUUGUUACAUUCCUAUUUCAUCCUUUCUUUAUUUAUUGCGACAUUUACUCUUUCAUUGUUAAUAGAAUUUACAAAAAAAAUUAGUUAGGACUUGUGAUUUUUGUUUCGCGAAAAGCUCAAGACGAAACGGAGGGUCAAACAAUUCAAUUAUCAAAAUUAAAAUUCGAAUUUACACCAAAACAAAAUACUCGAAACCCACCAAUAAAAAAUAUUGUCAUAAUUCGAUUAAUUUUAAUAAAACAUUUCGAUUAUUAGCCGCAUUCGAAACCCCCACUGUAUCAGAAACAAUAAAAUGAAGCCCUUAAAUCAACUUGACUGUUUAUAUUUGAGUCAAGUGAAAAAAAACUUAAAUUCACCAUAUUUUAUAACCAAAAAAUCAACUCGAAUCAUAAAAUUUACUUGAAUCAAUAAAAACCACUGAAAUUAAGUUAACUUAAAUCAGCUUGGAUUAGUUGACCGUAGCUUAUAUCAAGUGAAAAUGAUUGAAAUCGAAUGAAUGACGAGUACAAUUCACUUGAAUCAAUAAAACCCUUUGGAAUUAAGUGAAGUGUAUAUCGGUUUCACUUGAUUGAACUUAAAUCAACUAGAAUUAGUUUACAUAACAUCAAAAUGAAUUGAAAACAACUUAAAUCAGUUUUGAAUUCCAAAGGACUGCUUAUAUCAAGUGAAAAUGAUCGAAAUAGAAUGAAUGGAAGUGGAAUUCGCUUAAAUCAAUAGAAACAACUGUAAAUAAGUGAGUGAGAAGAACUUGAAUCAACUCAAAAGAACUUAAAUCAACCAAAAUCAGUAUAAAAUGAUAUUAAAGUGAAAUAGCUUGGAUCAAGUGAAGCUUCACUUGUAUGUGAACUUAAAUCAAACAGAAUCAGAUUGAAAUGAAAGUAAAGUGGAAUGAAAACAACUUAAAUCAGCUUGGAUUAUCAGAACAUUGGUUAGAUCAAGUGAAAAUGAUUGAAAUCGAAUGAAUGACGAGUACAAUUCACUUGAAUCAAUAAAACCUUUUGGAAUUAAGUGAAAUGUAUAUCGGUUUCACUUGAUUGAACUUAAAUCAACUAGAAUUAGUUUACAUAACAUCAAAAUGAAUUGAAAACAACUUAAAUCAGUUUUGAAUUCUAUGAAAGUUUCACUUUAAAUAACUUAAAUCAACUGUAAUAUGUUUGAAAUAGUUUUAGAAUGAAUUGAAAAUAACUUAAAUCACUUUGGAACUCUAAAGGAUUUCUCUUAUUAAGUGAAAAUAUUUGGAAUUAGGGAAAUGAAAAUGAUAUUCACUUAAAUUCUUAAGAUUAAGUGAAAACGAAUCAAAUUUUAAGUGCAUUCAUUGUUGAUAUAAAAGUAGAAUCAACUAAAACCAUUUUGAAUUCACUUCACAAUAAAAAAAAAACUUACAUCGACUAAAAAUUACCGAGAACAACUGAAAACAAAUGAAAUUUAUUUUAAUACAUAAAAACCAAGUAAAAAAGCAAUUUAUUCAAUGAGUUUCUCUUGAUUUUACUAAUAUUAUUUGAAAAUUGCUUAAAUCAAUUUGAAAUAACAGCGAAAUCGAAUGGAACUUUCUUGAAUUUCAAAUAAAUUCUGAUAUUAAGUAAAAUAGGAGUAAAUUCAAAGCAUUUCGCUUAAAUCUUCAAAUAAAACCAUCUUGGAGUCGAUUUGUUUUGUAGUAGAAGAAAUUCAGCAGCUUAAAUCAAUUGGGAUUAACUGAAAACUACUUAAAUCGAUUCAAAAUAAUCACUGAUACCUGAAAAACAACUUGGAUUCAUUUUAUUUUAGAUUUUGGAAUAAAACAAACUCAUAUCAAAUAAAAACUAUUGAGAAAAACUUAAAUGAAGUGAAAAUAUACACAAUUUAAGGUUUUCUAUAAUUGGAAAUGUAUUUUGAAUUCAUUUUUGAAAAUUAGGAUAUGUUGGAAAAAUUCAAUUGAUAGCUAUAAUAACUGAAAACAAUAAAAGCAGUAUUUAAUUGAAAACGAAAAAUCCAAUUAUGAACCUUUUAAUAAUUUGGACAAAAUCUAUUAUUAAAAAUAGUUUAAAAAAACCUGCAGCAUAUUUUUCAACAUCCUAGUAGACUUGUAGUUUUUUAUACUAAAAAUUCGAGAUGCAUUUUCAUUGGUUGAUUUAAUUGAAUAAUCAAAUUCAAGUUUGACCAUCCAAGUCUUGAGCCAAUGUGAAAAAUCAAUAAACGCGAUCAAUUUAUUAUUGAUUCUAUUGAAUCUGAAAACUUCACUGCCAUUAAUGUACUGCCGGCGCGAAACAUGACAUCAAAAAUAAUUAAAACUAAUUGCGAAGCUUCCAGAUUUAGAAAAUUCGUUUUUAAAGACUUUAGGAUGUGCUAGGAGCCGCCAUUUUUUUUUUUAGAAAUUUUGUAGUAUAAUCUUAAAUAAAUAAAACGAGAGACUUACUGACAGUGAAUAAAUAUUCGAAUUGCUCACUGCGAAAUGUACAAAAUCAAUUAUAUAUAAUAAUUAUAGAAAAUAAAGCACGAAAUAAUCAA